UAUCAGCCCCAUGCAAACACAGGCACACAGUCACUCUCUCUCUCCCCGACUCUCUCUGCAGACCCUGCCAGUCGUUUCCGCGAGGAACUGAGCCGCCGUGCCCUCGCAGCUCGCCGGGAUGUCGGAGCGCACCGUUCCUCACGCGUACCCCAUGAGUGUGGAGUACGAGAUGGCGUCUCCCUGCCGCAUCUACGACCAGAACUUCGGGGAAGGCCUGUCGCCUCAGGACGUCCUGGCCCCCACCCUGUACCACGGCUACUACAUCCGCCCGCGGCUCAACAAGCAGCUGGAGCGGGGCUUCUCGCAGGUGGACAGCGGCGACGACUGGUUCCGCGUGCUGCUGGACGUGUGCCAGUUCACGCCGGACGAGAUCGCGGUCCGCACCGUGGACAACCUGCUGGAGGUGAGCGGUCAACACGCCCAGCGGCUGGACCAGCACGGCUUCGUCAGCCGCCAGUUCAGCCGCACCUACAUCCUGCCGCUGGGCGUCGACCCGCUCCUGGUGCAGGUCACCCUCUCCCACGACGGCGUCCUGUGCGCCGAGGCGCCCCGGAAGGCUGCGGAUGUCAAGCCCACCGUCCGCGAGCUCCAAGUCCGAGUGGAGGGCGGGGAGAAGCAGCACAAGGAGGCGGGGAAGAGCACGUGAACCCCUCCCACACUGGCAGGGCUGGGGCGGGGCUGGGUGUGGUUGGGGAGGGGCUAGGCGAGGCUGGGUGUGGCUGGGGCGGG